UCCUGAAAUAACUUGGGCAACAAGUCCGAUCUGCCCGCUACUCUGUGCCUCCAGCUCAGGCCCGGGGAGAGGGACCCUGCUGAGCAGGACUCAGGACACUGUUUGAAGAUCACAUCAAAUUCUGCUAAUAUGUCGGAGAUAGUCAGUGUGCAUGGGUGGAUGGAGGAAGCCCUUAGUUCCCAGGAUGAGAUGGAGAGGAAUCAGCGGCAAUCUGCCUAUGAUAUCAUUUCAGGUCUGAGUCACGAGGAAAGGUGUAGCAUAGAUGGAGAAGAUGAUGAUGAAGAAGAAGAGGAUGGAGAGAAACCAAAAAAGAGGGGACCCAAAAAAAAGAAGAUGACCAAGGCUAGACUGGAGAGGUUUCGUGUGCGCAGAGUAAAAGCCAAUGCCAGGGAGCGCACCAGAAUGCAUGGACUUAAUGAUGCCCUAGAAAAUUUAAGGAGGGUCAUGCCUUGCUAUUCCAAAACACAAAAGUUGUCUAAAAUUGAGACCCUUAGACUGGCCAGAAACUAUAUAUGGGCAUUAUCUGAUAUUCUAGAACAAGGUCAAAGUACAGAGGGAAAGGGCUUUCUGGAAAUGCUCUGCAAAGGUCUUUCUCAGCCAACAAGCAACUUAGUAGCUGGCUGUAUGCAACUUGGACCUCAGGCAAUGUUCUUGGAUAAACACGAAGAAAAGUCUCAUUUAUGUGACUCUUCUCUUACUGGUCAUACCUAUAAUUACCAGUCCCCAGGACUACCCAGUCCACCUUAUGGAAACAUUGAUGUUCACCAUUUGCACUUGAAACCCCCUUCUUUUAAACCAGUAAUGGAUCCAUCUGUGGUAAGCCAUACACUAAACUGCACCACUCCACCCUAUGAAGGAGCUUUGACACCCCCGCUCAGCAUCAGUGGUAAUUUUUCCUUGAAGCAAGAUGGUUCACCUGAUAUGGACAAAUCAUAUGCAUUUAGGUCCCCCUACCCAGCUCUUGGGCUUAGUGGAUCUCAUGGACAUGGGUCACACUUUCAAACCGGUGUCCCAAGGUAUGAACUACCCAUAGAAAUGGCUUAUGAGCCCUACCAACACCAUGCUAUAUUCACUGAAUAAAUGUGCUGAUCAAAUGACUUUUUAUAGUUGACCCAAACCUGACUUUUUUGGAUGACAAUGGCCACCACAUCACCACCACCUAAGAUGACUGUUGGUCUUAUUGUACGUAUGUUUUGUAGUUUGUUUGUAGGUCACUUUUGAGACUCUUGGAGCCUGAAUAUAAUGCAUAGAAAAAUCCAGUCAAUCACAAUGAUAGCUACAAAUUGUAAUGUGAAAACAAAACACUAAUGUGAACAUUGCUAUUUGGUGGAAACGUACCAGCACAUACAUAUAGCCACAUAUAGUAACAUAUAAUAACAGGAACUCAUCUCAGGGGAACAACACUGGGGAGUGCAUUGCUCCUCUAAACACCAAGGUUUCCAAAUGGUACACACAACAUACUGACCCAAUGGCAGAGGAGUGUGUUAGUUGUUACUGGUUACUAGCACUCAUUUUUACCCCUAAACUGCUCAUAGAAGAUAAAAAUUUACAAUGUAUGCAAGGACCGAUUUAAAGCACAAGUUUAUUAUGUAUCAAUUGCACUACAAUAUCCAAUGCUAUAAACUACAGUAUAGCUGUUUUUUAUUUUUUAUAUUACUGCUAUAUCACACAGAGCCAUACGGUACAUGCAUAUUUAAUACAAUGUGUAUAUUUUUUGUUGAGAAUCCCAUCGCCUACAUAUCAUGAAAUACAAAAGGCCAAAAACCCUUCUAACUAUUAUUUAUACCUUUUAAUUUAUUUUAUUAUUAUUUUGUAUUACUGCAUUUGUCAAAUGAUCCUACAACGGAAUGCUCUUACUGUUCAUGAAUGAUUGUUUUUGUAUUUGUUGGUUUCAAACUGCAUCCUUAUUUAUAUCAUUAUUUAUUUUAAUAGAAUUUUUAAAUUAAUCUGUUGCUCUGAUUUUAAGACUUCUGGUCUGUUUUUAUUUUAUUUUGUUGAUAGAUAGAUAAAUGCUCAAUAACUACACAUGAUAUUACUGCCGGCUAAAGCAGCCAAUCCUCGGCCCUCUUAAUUCUUCAGCUAUUUUUCAGCCCAUUAUUGUAAGGCUGAUUGACCAUAUCCUAAUGUUUUGUAUUAGAAACUUUUAAUAAAUGUGACUGCAUUUUCCAGGUCAAUGGAGAAUAAGUCCUCUGACUUGACGUGUUGCAUGUGAUAUUAAGAGCACAAUUUUAUCGAGCCAGAUUUGGAAAGGACAAAUGGAGGAGUGAAUGCUAUUUAUAGGUAACCGGCAUGAAGAGUGGGUUGCGUGUGAACACAAGCAUUAAAAAAAGAAAGACAAAUUAGAAGUCGGGAAAAACACUACGGGCAAGUUUUAUUAAAGAACACCAAGCAUAAAAAGGGCCUUAUAUAGCUGGCAACACAAAUAUUGGAAGGGUUAGGGGGUAUACCCUGAGUAGUACUAUGCCGCCAGUUCAGAUCAGAUCUUUUUAUUGACAUCUCAACCGCAUAAAAUACUUACACAGUGGGACAAAGACAAUACACAACACAUUAUUUAGCAAAAGGUAAACAGAACAGUGUUCAACACAGCAAUAAUGUGCAAAAACAGCAAUACAAUUUCACUUACCAAUGUGUCACCACAAUACAUAAUAAUAUAUACCGUUUCUUCUACCCUGGACUGGGUUACAGAGCUAUAAAAGAAGAUACAAUACACAACACAUAUCACAGCAAAAAAGUUAAGGAGGCAGCACUGCAGUAAUAAAAGCACACUGGACUUAUCGAUUGUUUAUUAAAUUGUUAUAUUGUUUAUUAAAUUGGUUCCCUCUGA